UGGACCAGCAGCAUCUCUCUGCACGCCGUCACAAGCCACCUACAGGAGGGCAAGAUGAAGCUGUUGGUCUUGCUCAGUGUUCUCCUCUGCCUUUUUGCCUGUCAGCUCAGUGAGGCCAGAGUCAUCCCAGAAGGAGUGCCGUAUGAUGAACCACCAGCUGUUCCCUACUGGCCCUACUCCACCUCUGACUUCUGGAACUACAUUGAAUACUUCAGAUCCAUCGGCGCCUACAACCACAUCAACGAGAUGGCCCGGGCCUUCUUUGCCCACCAGCACCUCGGAGACACCCUAGGAUAUGAGACCAACGCAGGGCAUGAACACUGAGAGGGGAGCUGGAGGGAGCUGUAGAGAUAUCCUGAGAAAGCAUUUUUUCAAAAAAGAUGAUGAGGAUGUUAAAUGUGGUGAAGGAGAGGCAUAGCAUAGCAUAACAAGAAUAAUACUGUUUGUAGUGUAGCCAUACAUAUAGAAAACAAAUGCAGAGUAUGUAGCCCUUCUGUAGGACUGAAUAACAUAUAUACAUAUAUAUGUAAUGUGCAGUGAAUAAAA